AUGAAGGUCUUCUACGCGCCGCUCAUCGUUGCUGCGUUCCUCACACAAUGCACCGUCUUCGCGGACGAGUGCAGCGAUACCACGACAAGUAGUUCGACUACCCAAACAUCGUCGCAAACGGCAUCCUCGACUACGACUGCAACCACCUCAUCGACGACAACGACGUCUGCCGGUAGCGGUGAGAGCCUCGCGGUGGUGGAGCCCGUCAUUAGCUGCUCUGAGUUGGCUUCGGUCGAUCUCACGUCGAUUGGCGGCAGCGGCACCAACAUCACGGAGGCAACGGAGACCGAGGUGGAUGGUGUGUCGUACUGCUACUUGGAGGGUUAUCUGCCUCCCCAAGCCAAGUGGAUACUGCGUCUUCCCAUCGCCACGUGGACGCAGCGUUAUCUACAGGCUGGCUGCGGUGGUUUAUGCGGGCCGGAGAUGGCUGCGCUGUCGGUCGUUGCAGCGGAAGGCUCGGACCAGUACGAGAAUGGGCACUUCGCAAUGGGCACCACGGAUAUGAACGGUGGCACCGACGGUACCUUUGCUCUAAACAAAGAAGCUUUCAUCGACUACGCGUAUCUAGCUGUUCACAACACAGCGGAGCUGUCCAAGGCCUUAAUUAAGAAGUACUAUGGCCAGGAGCAGCAGUAUGCCUACUUCAAUGGAUGCUCGGACGGCGGUCGAGAGGCCGUUAUGACGGCACUACGCUACCCGAACGACUUCAACGGUAUCGUCGCUGGAGCUCCAGCUAUGCUGUGGCAGUUCCAGAACAGCUUCCACCACGCCUGGGACGCCGUCAGUAACCUGGAUGAAAACGAGCAGCCGAUCUUCAAUCCGUCGCGUAUUCCCAUUCUUCAUGACGCCGUGAUCGCUGCAUGUGAUACCUUGGACGGCGUCGAGGAUGGUCUCUUAACGGACCCUCGCAUCUGCAACUUCGAUCCCCGCACGCUUCAAUGCACGGACGACGCCGAUAAUUCGACGUGUUUGACCGCCGCGGAAACCCAAGUGGCCGUGGAUUUCUAUACGGGACCUGUGGACGAGGCCAGUGGGGAGCAUUUGACUGUCGGUGAGAUGCAGUUUGGAUCCGAGACGGCGUGGAUCGGAGUGGGUAUUCCCGCUACGGACGGUGGCAGCGUAGCAAGCGAGUCCAUGGCUUUGGCAACGCUUCGCUAUCUCGUCUUUGAGAAUGCUCCAGGUGCGAACUACACGCUCGCUGACUUCGUCUUCGCCAACUCGACCAUUGAUCUGCUACAACCGCACCAUCCGUUCCUGGAUUCUGUGAGUCCCGAUCUCUCGCCCUUCCACGAGGCCGGCGGCAAACUCAUUCUCUGGCACGGUUGGGCCGACCAACACAUUUCGCCGCGCACGACCAUCCAGUACCACGAGAAGUUGAUCGAAAAUAUGGGUGCUGAUGCUGUGGAAGACUUCAACCGCUUGUACAUUUUCCCAGGUGUGUGGCACUGUGGAGAGGGCGAAGGCAUGGCGUCGUUCGACUUGUUGACCCCAAUGUUGGACUGGGUGGAGUCCGGUUCGGCUCCCCAUGAAAUCAUGACAUCGACGGAGGCGGAUGCCUCGGAGUCAGGAUCGUCCAGCACGGUUUACCGCACGCGUCCAGCGUAUCCGUACCCGUCUGUGGCAAAGUACACUGGUUCUGGUGACGUGAACGACGCUGCGAAUUGGGAGGAGGGCGACGCGCUGUACUCGAACUUGACGGCCUACUGGUUGGGCGUGGACUUCUUCGACGUCUUUACGCCAACCAUGGAGCCGUAAGACAGGUGACUGUCGAGCUGAGAACAGGUAGACUCACGAGCUAUCAUCACUGGUUUGCAUUGCCAUGAAUACAAUAAGUGGAACGAGC